GUGCUGAAAAAGGGGAGCCCAAAAAUCUGGGUCCUAAAAAGGAUCCCAGGGGGUGGGUCAAGAAAAGGGGGUCUGAAAAAUCCACUUUGUUUGGGGUGUUCUAAAAAGGGGAGUCUGAACACCUGGCAGGUGGGUCUAAAAAAGGGGGUCUGAAAAUGCCACUUUUUUGGGGUGUAUUCCAAAAAGGGGAGUCCCAAGAGGUGGGUGCUGAAAAAGGAGUGGUGAAAAGGGGGAGCCCAAAAAUCUGGGUCCUAAACAGGGGGUCCCAGUAGGGGCGUUCAAAAAAAUGGGGUCUGAAAACCCUACUUUGUUUGGGGUGUUCCUAAAAGGGGUAUCUCAGAAAGAGGGGUGCUGAUGGAGGAGCUCAAACAGCUGGGUCCCAGAAGAGGGGUCCCAAGAGGGGUGCAGGCUCUGUUCCUGGAGGUGCAGGAGAUCAGGAGGAUCCGGGCCAGGAUGGCCCAGCUGCAGCUGAGCCCGCAGCAGCUCCCGUACCGGGACAUGGAGCGCCUGCGCCAGUUCCGCAGGGACGUGCUCAAGGCCAUUCCCAUCGGGAUCAUCGCCAUCCCCCCCUUCACCAACUUCCUGGUGCUGGUCCUCAUGUAUUUCUUCCCCCGGCAGCUCCUGAUCAGGCACUUCUGGACGCCCAGGCAGCAGCUGGAGUUCCUGGAUGCCUACGACUGCCGCCGCCGGGCCUCGCACCCGGCCGUGCUGCGGGCACUGGCGCGGGCAGCACGCUCCCUGCCCGAGGCACAGCCCCAGCAGCUGCUGCUGCAGCUCUGUGACCAGGUGCAGGGAGGUGCCCGGCCCCACCUGGCCCAGCUCCUGGCUGUCAGGAGUUUGUUCUCGGGCUCUCUGCUGGUGCUCAACAGGCUCCAGGUGGAUCACGUGAGAGCCCUGAGCCAGGUGCUGUUCCUGACCCCUCACCUGCCCGCCUUCCUCCUGCGGCACCGCCUGCGCAGCCACGUCCUGGAGAUCCAGCACCUGGACCACGCCCUGCUGCACCUGGGGCUGGGGCAGCUCUCUGAGGAGGAGCUCCGAGCGGCCUGUUACCUGCGUGGGCUGAACUCCACUCACCUGUGCCAGGCCGAGUGCCAGGCGUGGCUGGAGCAGUGGCUCAGGCUCUCCUGUGAGCUCCAAGCCUCGGAAGCCUCCCUGCUGGCCCACAGCAUGGUCCUGCUGGCCCUGCCCCCCCGCCAGCCCCCCGAGUGACCGCCCCGAGGGACCCGGAGCGCCAGGGGGGCACAGGGUGGCACCUGUGUGCCCCCCCCACCCUUAACCUGUGCUGCCAGCGUGCCCAGAGCUGGCCCGGGCUGUGCCCGCCCCCUGCGGCCACCGGUCAGUAAUUAAUUAACUGCACCUCGUUAAUUAACUGCACCGGUCGGUAAUUAACUGCACCUCGUUAAUUGGGGCAGAGCGAGGGCCCCAGGCUGGGGCUGGUCCUGGGGGGCUGCUGGAGGUUCCCGUGGGAUCUCCUGGAUGUUCCUGUGGGAUCUGCUGGAGAUUCCUGUGGGGUCUCCUGGAGGUUCCCCUGGGAUCCUCUGAACAUUUCCGUGGAGUCUGGUGGAUGCUUCCCAUGGGAUUUGGUGGAUGCUUCCCGUGGGAUCUGCUGGAGGUUCCUGUGAGAUUUGCUGGAUGUUCUUGUGAGAUCUUCUGGAUGUUCCUGUGGGAUCUGGUGGAUGUUCCUGUGGAAUUUGGUGGAUGCUUCCCAUGGGAUCUGCUGGAGAUUCCUGUGAGAUCUGGAUGUUUCCAUGGGAUUUGGUGGAUGCUCCCCGUGGGAUCUUUGGGAUGUUCCUGUGGGAUUUUCGGGAUGUUCCUGUGGGAUCUGCUGAAGGUUCCUGUGGGAUCUGCUGGAUGCUUCCCCUGGGAUCUGCUGGACUUUCCUGUGGAAUCUUCUGGAUGUUCUCAUGGGAUGUUCUGGAUGUUCCCGUGGGAUCUCCUGGAUGUUCCCGUGGGAUCUCCUGGAUGUUCCCGUGGAUCUCCUGGACGUUCCCGUGGGAUCUCCUGGACGUUCCUGUGGAUCUCCUGGAUGUUCCUGUGGAUCUCCUGGAUGUUCCCGUGGGAUCUCCUGGAUGUUCCCGUGGGAUCUGGUGGCCCUGACCCCCUGCUGGAGACUUUCCCUCCGUUUCUCUUCCCAACGGUCUCUCAAAUGUCCCAGCGCUCCCUGAGGGAUUGAGCAGCACCCUGGAAUCCCCACCGACCUCCAGCUCCCUGGGGGAUCCCUGGGAGCCUUUUGGGAUCUCCUGAGAGCCUUUUGGGGUUCCCUGGGAGUAUUUUGGGUUCCCCGAGAGCCUUUUGGGGUGUCCUGGGAGCCUUU